AUGGCCACCGAAGACCCCUCGACCGUCUCGCAAGAGAGCCAUGAUACGACCAAGAUGCCAGACUACCUCUCGAGCCCGAACGCUAUCUUCGGAGACCAAGGCGUGAAGUGGCGUUAUGGACGAGCUCCAGACUACACCAAAACACGAAAGGUGUGGGCCGAAGGCAAGACAAUGAAUCAUGCUCCCGGGAGUCUAGAGGAGAUGGUCGAGAACCUCGUCAAGAACUGGGAAGUCGAAGCGUCCUUCAAGCCACGCCUGUCAGAUUGGCGAACAAUUGAUCAUGAGAGAUACUCCUUCGCAAUGGGGGGUGGGCCACCACAGGAUGCCGAACAUAUGAUUAGAGUCGGCACGUACAACGGCAUCAUUGCGCCGAAUGAGUAUUACAGCCCCGAGAACUCCGACUUUGCAUCGAGUCACAAGACGUUCAAGCGCAUGAUGCCGACGUUCGCUUGGGAGGUCUUGGAAGUAUACAGUGGUCCGCCUCGAGUGUCUUUCAGAUGGCGCCACUGGGGAGUGAUGAAGAACGACUACGUAGGCUUCAACAACAAGGGCGAAAAGGUCACGGCCAAAGCACAUGGCGGCCUCAUCGACAUCGAAGGCGUCACUGUCGCAGGCGUGGAUGACAAGGUUCGACUGCGCGACGUACAGACGUGGAUGGAUCCAUUGGAGAUGUUUCGACAGAUUGCGCCUCACGGUAUUGUCAACAAGGCCACGAUGAAUCACAAAGUCGACAAGGAA